AUGGAAGGCCGCUGCCAAUGCGGGCAGAUCCGGUUCCGCACGCCCCUCCCGGAACCCCAGGCGCUGUACAUCUGCCACUGCACCGAGUGCCGGCACCAGUCGUCGUCGACGUACGGCAUGACGGCCAUCUUCCCCUUCUUCGACAUCGCGGCGUUUGCGCCUCAUCCGGGCGCCAUCGCCGUGUACGCGCGCCCGAACCCGCACGGCCGCACCGAGGGGCACUUUUGCACGGCGUGCGGGAGUCGGCUGGUCCAUGUGGCUGUGUCGUCAUCGUCGUCGUCGUCGUCGACGUCGCAGCCGCGCACCCUGAGCGUCAAGGCGGGCUGUCUCGACGGACUGUCCAAGGAGAUGAUGCGUCGCGCGGUGCACAUCUGGACGAGGUCGGCCGUGGUGGAUAUCCCGGAGGAUGCGGUGCAGUAUGCGGAGGAGCCGCCGGGGGGGGGGUUUCAGGAGGAGGAAGCGGCCGGCGAGUGA